AUUGCGUGUGCGGAACUUGUGUCCGGCAUCCAGGGUAUGGUGGAAUCCGCAAUACACAAUUUCAUCAAGGUACCAACACUUGAAGAGGCAAAAACAACAGCCCGGCAUUUCAAAGAUAAAUUCCAUCUGCCGCAAGUAGUUGGAUGCAUUGACGGAACUCAUAUCCCUAUACUUCCCCCCAGCGAUGGCUACAAGGACUUCGUAAACCGUAAAGGUUGGCCGUCCUAUGUUCUUCAGGCAGUGGUGGACAAUGCAUAUUGUUUUUGGAACAUCAACUGUAAAAUGCCAGGGAGUGCCCAUGACGCCAAUGUUUUAAGGCAGUCCACAUUAUUUGAAAAGGCACAUCAGCUGCCAAAGGACCCGAUAAAGAUUGAUGGGACAGAAGUAGAUUUCUUCUUGCUUGGUGAUCCAGCCUACCCUUUAAUGGACUGGCUCAUGAAAGCCCACAUAUCCUCCCCAAGGCUAACUCCUGAACAGGAAUCAUUCAAUGUGUACCUCAGUGCAGCUAGAACCACUGUAGAGGUGGCAUUUGGGAGACUGAAGUCAAGGUGGAGAGUUCUACUGAAAAGGAGUGACUUCCAUUAUACCCUGUCACCUUAUGUGAUUGCAACAUGCUGUGCACUUCACAACUUCUGUGAGCGCGAAAACGAACCGAUGAUUCCGGCUUGGACGGAAGAGGUGGGGAUGUUGGAGCAGGUACAUGCUCAACCUGCUGCUCGACCUCACAGUGCUGCAGAAGCAAGUGGUGCACAGCGGAUAAGACAGGCGCUGACCACAUACAUGGCAGCCCACCAUCCCCUCCGGCAUCGGGAGCUGUAA